CCCCGCACGGCGAGCUGCCUGGUAACAGAGAGAGAGAGAGAGAGAGCAGGAAGAUCUGCAGCAGCUAAGUGAACAACCUGCAGACUCUGGACAUAGAAACUACCAGAAACAACACUCAGUUGUACAAUGGAGGAAGCAGAGAAAGGUUCCCAACUGCAUCCAGACACAGUCCCUGAGGUGGGAGAAGAUGCAGUGACGUCUGUCGGCCCCUCUUCCCCUCCCCCCACCAUGACAGAGGAGGAGCAGCAGGAGCUACAAGAAGAGUUAGUCAAGGUUGAGGAUGAGAUCCUGACUCUGUCCCAGGUGCUGGCAGCUAAGGAGAAGCAUUUGGUGGACAUUAAGAGGAAGCUGGGCAUCACACCUCUCAAUGAGCUGAAACAGAACUUCACCAAAACCUGGCAGGAGGUCACCACCUCCACCGCCUAUAGGAGAACAUCUGAAACGCUGUCUCAGGCGGGUCUGAAGGCCACGGCAGCGUUCUCCAACGUGGGCUCAGCCAUCACCCGGAAGCUUGAAGAUGUCAGCUUGCGCUCAUUACAACACUCAGCCAGUAUGCCUGUCAUGAGGAAUGCAACAACGUUCAAGUCAUUUGAGGAGAAAGUGGAUACUUUGAAGACCAAGAUGAAUCCACCAGCGUCCACCAUUAACCCUGGCGAGCAGGACAUGGGCAGCCCCACCAACGAGCUCAAUCAGCCUGAAGGCUCGUCCCCCCAAGGAAACGCCGAUGAACUGAGACCCGGCUGACCUCCCUGCCGCCCCUCCUCACUUGACCCCCUAACCCCUGGACCGCCAACACUCGCCCCCUAAACUCUUGUGUGCCAGUCUCCCUUUAUUGGAAACAAGUGACUUACCACAGCUUGUGAUCUAAUUGUCUGGUCUUUCUGUUCGACACGUGCGCUCAAUUGUUGUCUGGUGUGGAAACUGAAAGCAUGGGAUGGGAGCAGGCAUGUGGUCUUGUGUCGACCGUAUAUAUUUGAGUCUAUUCUGGCUCGCUGGGGGAGAAAUCCUUCCUGCUGUAUGACUGUCCUUUUCCUCCUGCACUCUUUAUUUAUCCACCUUGUGUCUAACCAGCAAAGCUCAGAUGCCAAACAUGCUCCUAGUUAAUUUUUUCUUUCUUCAAAUAAACACAGUUUCAUAUUUUGUUUGAAUGUAGAAACAUUGCACAAAUAUAGAAAUACUACAGACUUGAUUAGAGAAGGAUUUAUACUGGAAGGUGUUAUUACAAGCACUUGUCUGACUCCAUUUUGGGGCUAUUUUCUGUUUUACUCCUGAGUUGCCAUUUUGGGGCCAAGCUGAUUUCUUCAUUAUAUUAAAUGUACACCACAUUAUCAUAAAGUAGUGUAACACUGUGCUCAGAAUAUGAAUGUAUGCCUUUCUGUGUCAUAUAAGUACAACACUAUGUAUACUUUAAGCCACAGAUCUGAGCUACUGAUACUGUGUGUCACGACUGCAGCCACUACAAAGGUGCUAUUUCAAAAAACACUUCAGAAUAAAACCCCUCCCUUUUCCCAUUAAGAGUCUGUCAGAAAAUGAUCUCCACGCUCAGAUAGUUACAGGAAAACAGCCAAGAUCAGCAGAACAGCGGCAGAGCAAACACAGUCCAGGUUCAGCCUUGACCCGAGGUGAGAGUGAAAUAAAUGUGUCUCUUCCAGAGCCAGGGUCAAUAUUUAAACACUAGUCCAUUGUUUCUGCCUGGGAGGUAACACCUAGUCUCUCCCUUUUCAGUCAUACAGAUAAAAGCAAGGCAAGAGACUCCACUGGCUGUUAUUUUGUAGACGUAUACAGAAUUACUUACCUUUAUUUUCCUAUAAUCUGCAAGUUUGACUUUUUGUUCAAGCCAUGGUAGCAGCAUGGCUCUAUGGAUGGCAGUGUAGGUCGUUUGGUUGGGCCACUAACUAUUGGAGGAAUUCAUGAAAUGUUGUACUAACAUUCAUGUCCCUCGGGAUGAAUUGUAAUUGUAAUGGAAAACAGAGCCACCUCUGAACAGGUUUCCUCUGGUACACAAAGAUGUAAACACAUCUCUAACACUUCUCCUGUUACACUCGGGCAGGGCCAGCCUGGUACAAGUCUUCCCCUGCUGGUGGACAUUUGGAUAAACAUGCAUGUGAAUAAACUCCCUCAUUUCAUCAUUUGUGAUGCAAUUUGACAGCCAAACUGAAUCGGGGUCCCGGGAAAACACCACAUACGGGCCGAGGGGCAGUUCUGCUGUCUGCUUGUUUUCACCAACAAUGACACAUUUGUGUUGUCUGAGAAGACAGUAAUGGAUUUUUACAGUACAGUAUCUCAUGUCCUCAUGUAACAUCAUUUGAGCCACGGAGUUUAUUUUUUACAGCCUUUUAUCUCAAACAAGAGGAUUUUAUUUGUAUUUGUAUUUAGUCACACAUACAUUGGAUUUGUCUGUUCUUUAAUUGGAACCAUGGAGUGAAAACAUGCUCUCUGAUUAAAAAUACCUCUGAAGUA